AGGCUAACAAGAGCCAGAGGAACUAUCUGCAAGAGAUCAGAAGAGAUUCAAAGCAUUUUCAAUUGCUGUAUCAACUCCUGUGUGGCUUACACAGGAGUUCUCAGCAAAGAAACCUUUUGCCCACACUGCAGCAAGCCCUAUUUGAAGCCCAAUGGCCAGGCUUGUUGUCAGUAUGCAUACCUGCCCCUUAUCCCUCAGCUGCAAGCACAGUAUGCUCAAGAAGACCAAGCAAAGCUGCUGACCUCAUAUCAAGGUUGGCAGAAUGCAAAUGCACCUGUAAUGACCAAUAUCUUCCAAGAACUCUGCCAAUGCUAUAUCAAAGUUAGCAGAAAGACAUUGCCUUCAAAAUACUUCAACUCACCUAGAGAUCUUGCUCUGGGCUUGUUGACAGAUGGGUUUGCCCCAUUCAAAGGACCUUGUUCCACUGCCUGGCCAACAAUUAUCUUCAAUUACAACCUGCCCCCCAUGAUUUGA